CGACGGAAGUAAAUAAAUAAAAACAAACCGGGAUUGUUUUGACGGUUGUGAGAACUUCGUACUUUCAGAUCUAACUUCUAAUCCUAUCAACUCUAACUAUAAUUUUGAAUACAGCAUGUCAUCUCGUAACUCGCGGCGAGGUUCUCCACUUGAGUUAGAUGCUGGAGGAUAUGAUUCCAGUUAUGAAGGAGAUGAAGAGGAAAACAAAAGGAAAAAAAGAAAGAAGGAUUGGGUUGUGAAAGAAAAACCAAAAAGUGAAGGUUUAGUUUCCAAAUCUGCUUUCACUGAGCAAUAUGCACAAGAAGCCAGACGAAGUAUGCAAUCACAAUUGAGGGGGUUAACAGCUUACGACAGGCACAAGCUUCUCAUCAACGAAUACUACCUCUCCAUACCUGGAGGAGCUGAUAUGCUGAAACGUGACAAGACAAGAGAUAAAAGAGAUUUUGACAUCAUCAAAGAGAAUCAUCAAUUUUUGUGGGAAGAAGACGACACGAUCGACACCUGGGGAAAACAGAUAGCCAAAAAGUACCACGACAAGCUUUUCAAAGAAUACUGUAUUUGUGACCUCAGAAGAUACAAGGAAAACAAGGUUGGCAUUCGAUGGAGAGUUGAAAAGGAGGUCGUCACGGGUAAAGGGCAAUUCAGUUGCGGGGAACAGAAUUGCCCACAAAAGGAUAACUUGAGGACUUGGGAGAUUAAUUUUGCCUACGUGGAACAUGGAGUGAGAAAGAAUUCGCUAGUAAAAAUUCGUUUGUGUAACGAUUGUUCACAUAAUCUUAAUUUCCAUCACAAGAGGAAAGAAGUUACAAAGAAGAAGAAGAUCAAGAAGGAAACGAAGAGUAAGCGAUCAUCGAAGGAUCGAAGAAAGAGUGAAGGCGGUGAGCCAAGCACCGAGGAACCGGCUCCGGGAACCAGUAAAGAUGGCGUGACUGAAGCUGACGAGCCAUCUUCUGCUAAUCCUGGUAAAACUCAAGAACUCAGCGACAGUACAGAUAUUUGGCGCGAGGGCCAACAGACAACCGAAGACAAAUCACGCGACGACGAGUUUGAAGAGUUUUUAGAAGAUUUGUUUCUUUGAAACACAAUAUACUUGACGAUCUCGAACAAA